CAGCUAUCACAAACAACUUUCAGUAUAUUAAGCAAGUUUAUCACGAAUUUCAAUCAAAGUCCCUGUUCUAAUAAAACUUGGAAGCCACACUUUAGUCGCCGCCGCGAUGGUUUCAUAACAUUAAAAGCAGUAAACAUGAGAAGGAGAUCAUCCUUAAAGGAGGUCUAUUUACCGUAGUUAUACAUGAUACCGAUAAGCUGAAUGAUAUUGAAGUUGAAGUUAAAGCUUAACAAGUCAUUGAGUUUGAACCUGAAAAGUCGUCAUGAACAAUUAAAUAAAAGAUUAUUAGCAAAUUAGAAACAAAAAAGACUAUCGCCAAUUUGUUUCCCUUGUGCGAUACAUCAGUUGAGCGAAGUAUUCGAUUCUACUUUUCGAGCCAAUCGCUUAUCUCAUAAACCGACUUCAUGCUCUAUCAGCAAAUAUGAAAAAGCCAAUGAAUGCAACGAACGAAAUAUAACCGGAGAGGAAACAUCGACCGAAGAUAACACGUCGAUUGGAAAUCAGUUUUACUUCAUUUCAGGCCACAGUGAAUCUCGGUUGUUGGAAACAUGUCUUCCUUGGCGUUAUCGAGGGUUCAUAUGCAGCACUGGCUUCGAGGAGGAACUGUUCAGAAUAGAGUGCUGAAGAGAAACUUGAAUCUGUUAGAGUACCAGAGCAAAAAAUUGUUAGAGGAAAGUGGAGUUGCUAUUCAGGCUUUCCGGGUUUUGGAAGGAAAAAAAGACGAAAAUUUGCUCAAAGAUUUCAGUGUAAAGGAAUACGUGGUGAAGGCGCAGAUACUUGCUGGUGGUCGGGGCAAAGGUCAUUUUGAUAAUGGGUUCAAGGGAGGCGUUCACAUUACUAACGACACCAAGGAGGUACUUAACCUGGUGGAUAAGAUGAUAGGUGCCAAAUUGAUCACCAAACAAACGCCCAAAGAGGGCAUUCUGGUCAAAAAGGUUAUGGUUGCCGAUAGUAUCAACAUUGCACGCGAAACCUAUCUAUCAAUCGUGAUGGAUCGCGAGCAUAAUGGACCUGUGUUGAUUGCUUCUCCUGCCGGUGGCAUGGACAUUGAAGCAGUUGCAGAAGAAACACCGGAUAAGAUCAAAACCGUUCCCAUCAGUAUAGUUGAAGGUAUAAGCAAGGAACGAGCCGAAGAAGUGGCACGAUUUCUUGAAUUCAAAGGCCCUCUAGUGGAAAAAGCUGCCGGAGAAAUUCUAAAGUUAUACAGUCUCUUCAUCAAAGUCGAUGCCACACAAAUUGAAAUCAAUCCACUAGCGGAAACCGACGAUGGACGUGUCAUUUCCGUCGAUGCCAAAUUGAAUUUCGAUGACAACGCCGAGUUCCGUCAAAAGGAUAUAUUUGCGAUGGAUGUUCAUGAAGAUACAGAUCCCAAAGAAAUAGAAGCAAGUAAAUACAAUCUGAACUACAUCGCCAUGGAGGGAAAUAUUGGAUGUUUGGUAAACGGUGCGGGUUUGGCAAUGGCCACUAUGGAUAUUAUUAAAUUGAACGGAGGAAGUCCUGCGAAUUUUUUGGACGUCGGUGGCAACGUUAAAGAGGAUCAAGUGUUGAAGGCAUUCCAGAUUUUGACAUCGGAUAAAAAUGUAAAAGCCAUAUUGGUAAACGUUUUCGGCGGAAUUGUUAACUGUGCGACCAUUGCGAAUGGUAUUGUGAAUGCCACCAAAACAAUAGGACUGAACGUGCCAUUGGUAGUGCGCCUUGAAGGAACGAAUGUACAUGCAGCAAAAAAAAUACUUCAGGAUUCUGGGUUGAAGAUUGACUCAGCUGAGGAUUUGGACGACGCGGCGAAGAAGGCCGUCAGGUCUUUAAACUAAGGUGUUGGAUGAGAUGUUUAUUUUCUUAGAAAUGUGUACAUUAUGGCGAUAUCCAAAAUUAUUAAUUUUUUGCAUUUA